CCCAAGCCUCGCCGCCCAAGCCUCGCCGCCCAAGCCUCGCCGCCCACGCACCCACGCACAGACCUCGGCAUCUACAGCCUUGUGUGGGGUAAGUGUGGGGAACAAGCUCCGUCCCUGGGCCUUAUAUCCGGCUCCCCUCUCCUGCUCUCUCUGCUUUUACCGAAACAUUGUUUAUUUACCGUUAUGUCUCAAUUCGCUAAUCUGGGAGUUCUUUGUCGACGCGCUGCUGUGGUGGGGGGUGUGAGACCGCUGGUGAGGGGGAGGGGGCUGAGGAUGGUGGUGAGUGGGAGGAGGGGGAUGGCGAGUGCGAAGGCGCUGGAGGAGGAUGAUGGGAAGUUACCGUUGAAGGGGGUUAGGGUUCUUGAUAUGACGAGGGUGUUGGCUGGGCCGUAUUGCACGCAGAUUCUGGGCGACCUGGGAGCGGAGGUAAUCAAAGUUGAGCACCCCAUCCGCGGCGACGACACACGAGCCUGGGGUCCCCCAUACGCUCCAUACACCAAGGAAUCCGGCCUCUCCGGCCCUGGCGAAAGCGCGUACUACCUCUCCGUAAACCGCAACAAGAAAUCCCUCGCCCUCUCCUUCCAGCACCCCUCCGGCGUCGCCGCCCUCCACAAACUCCUCCCCACAAUCGACAUCCUCGUCGAAAACUACCUGCCCAACACCCUCGCAAAAUACUCCCUCGACUACGCCACCCUCUCCGCCCUAAACCCAAAGCUCAUCUACGCUUCCGUCACGGGCUAUGGACAGACGGGCCCGUAUGCCCCGCGCGCGGGAUACGAUGUCAUGGUCGAGGCAGAGAUGGGGUUAAUGCACAUCACCGGCUCGCGCGACGGGCCGCCGGUGAAAGUUGGUGUUGCGGUGACGGAUUUGACGACGGGGUUGUAUACUAGUAACGCCAUUAUGGCCGCCCUCCUAGCGCGCGCGCGGACGGGGCGCGGUCAGCAUAUCGACGCCGCCUUGUCGGAUUGCCAGGUUGCGACUUUGAGUAACCUUGCUAGUUCCAGCUUGGUGAGCGGAGAAAGGGAUAGUGGGAGGUGGGGGACGGCACAUCCGAGUAUUGUUCCCUACCGCGCGUUUGCGACGAAGGAUGGGGAGUUUUUGGUGGGAGGGGGGAAUGAUCGGUUAUUUGGGAUUUUGUGUGAAGGGUUAGGGAGGGGGGAAUGGGCGGGAGAUGAGAGGUUUAAGACGAAUGCGGAGAGAGUUGCUAACCGCGUGGUGCUGGAGGGGAUGAUUGAGGAGGUUACGAGGGGACGGACGACGCAGGAGUGGUUAGAGGCGUUUGAGGGAAAAGGGUUGCCAUAUGCGGCGGUGAAUGAUGUUAGGAAUACCUUGGAUCAUGAGCAUGUUCGGGCGAGGGGCAUGGUGGUGAAUGUUGGGCAUGGGGCGUGUGGGGAGGUCCAGAUGGUGAAUACGCCGGUGAAGUAUAGUGAGGCGCUGCCGGGGAUUAGGACGGCGCCGCCGCUGUUGGGGGAGCAUACGGAGGAGGUGCUGAGGGAGAUGCUGGGGAUGAGUACGGGGGAGAUUGAGGCGAUGAGGAAGGAGGGGGCCGUGAGGUAGGUGUGGAAUGUCUGCCAUGGGAAACGGGUUGGGGAGCUGUGAUGAUAAACAAGAGCCUAUAAGAGGAACACGCCCCCUGUUGUUCCGGCAGUUGAGGGUGCGCCUGUACGAGUGCGCACAGUUUCGGACACUCUUUGGGCAUUCUAACACCUAACUGUAGCCCAUGGGCUACCAUAGAUUAAAAUCGACCUUUAUGGUAACAAAGAACAUACUCUUUAAAGCUUUCCAACACCGAAAUGCAAACCCCUGAGCUACCAUAGACCGAAGCCGACCUUUGAUUAAAUGGCCACUUUUUAAUUUGCAAUUACGGUAGCAAAACCUGCAAUUCCUUAUUUCUUCUACGGCUGUUAUUGUACCAAUCGGUGUAAAGCAGUGGACUGUUGAUAAUCCUGAGAAUCGGCUCUCUGUUACUGUAAAUGAACCUUUUUGGAACCUCGUCGCGAGUGACGAGAUAAAAGCCAAAGAUAAAUGGCACAGCAGUGUCAAGGAGGACGACAAUGACGAUCGAGGAAAACGUAAGAUUCCGAUCCCAACAUCUACUACGUCAGAUAUUAUGGCGACUGACAGUGUAUAGUCAAGCGGAAGAGAAGCGGCGAGGACGAGGUCAAGGAUAAGGACGGGGCCAACGAGAUACCCAGCAAUCCAACCAUUGAUAAUUUUAUGGCCAAGAUAUAAAGGCAACAACUAGCAAACAGAAUAUAAAUUCCACUUCUUCCUGGUCGUCGAGCUCCCUUUCUUAGAGGAACUUCAGUGGGUCUUCCCCGCAUGAACCCCGCAAACUAUACGCGCCUGUCCGCAUAUUUUUCCCACAUCAAAUUCCAAUGAGCCAAGCUGGUCACCGCGGAACUUCCCAAUCUACCCCACACUGGGGGUCGAUCAAGGCCGGACUUCGCGGCGAUGACGGGUUGGU